GGCAGGCAUGUUUUUACAGAUGGCUCUUGCUGUCCCGGUUCAGCUCGCUCACUGCUUCUGGUACAGCUCGAACACCACACACCAGAGAGCGAGAGAGAGAGCGAGAGAGAGAGAGAGAGAGAGAGAGUGAGAGUGAGAGUGAGAGAGAGAGAGCGCAAGGAAGAGGAAAUUGAAACCACUUUAAUUCAAACUUUUUUACCUCCUCCCUUUUAAAACUUUCCGUCGAGCCUUUCUCACUCUCAUUUCUGUGUUGACAGACACUUGAAAGUUUGACCAACUUAACAGCCAUGCGGUAAUCACAGUGCAACAGGAGACAAACAGACAUAUCAAGACAGAAGAAGAGGAGACGUGCACCGUGACCGGGACACUGACCCCCUCAAUUCCUCUUUCCUUUGCCAGACCGAGUUGCUGGUUGCUGCAGGACAGAAGGGGACAAAUCGCCACCUGCUUCCCCUGCAGCUGUGCCAGAGAACAAGGCGGAACAUUCAACCACACACAGCUAGAACUGUUGAGAGCCUGGAUCUCUGGAUUGGCAGUGUUUGUGCAUCUUCACUGGCUAUCUGGAGAAGAGUUGGGCCCAUCUCUGUCAGCGCAUUUGGAAGAUCGCAAGAUACACAGGCGAGAAAGCUCUUGGAUAGUGACGAAGAGUUAACAUUUUCCUCAGAAGACGAGCGAGACUCCGAUGAACGUUUGCAUUUUGAAGAGAGACUUGAUCCAGGGUUAAAGGUGCCUCAAGGUGAGAUCAGCAUAGUGUGAGUGCAAGGCCUGAAAGGGUCAUAAGUUGGGGUCAGAGGUAGUGGCCAUGGCGACACAGGGGCUGGCGGCCCGGCUCUUGGUGCUGUUGGGCAUGGUUGCUGUGGCUCAUGCCUCCAUCUUCCUGUCCAAUCAGAGGCUGAAACCUCGAAUCCAGCGAGACCGUCGCAACAUCCGCCCCAAUAUCAUCCUCAUCCUCACCGAUGACCAGGACACUGAACUGGGCUCCAUGCAGGUCAUGAAUAAGACACGGCAGAUCAUGGAACAGGGUGGCACACACUUUUCCAACGCGUUUGUCACCACACCAAUGUGCUGUCCAUCACGCUCUUCCAUGCUGACGGGGAAGUAUGCCCACAACCACAACACAUACACCAACAACGAGAACUGCUCCUCGCCCUCCUGGCAGGCCCAACAUGAGCCCCGCACCUUUGGAGUUUACCUCAACAACACCGGCUACAGGACAGCAUUCUUUGGGAAGUAUCUGAACGAGUAUAAUGGUACAUACAUUCCUCCGGGCUGGAAGGAGUGGGUGGCCAUGGUGAAGAAUUCUCGCUUCUACAACUACACCCUGUGCAGGAACGGCGUCCGAGAGAAACACGGCUUUGAAUACUCGAAGGACUACCUGACAGAUCUAAUAACCAAUGACAGUAUCAGUUACUUCCGCAUGUCCAAGAAGAUCUACCCUCACAGACCCGUGUUGAUGGUGAUCAGUCACGCUGCACCACAUGGCCCAGAGGACGCAGCCCCUCAGUACACCACUGCCUUCCCUAACGCCUCACAGCACAUAACACCCAGUUAUAACUAUGCCCCUAAUCCGGACAAACACUGGAUCAUGCGCUACACCGGCCCCAUGAAGCCUAUUCAUAUGGAGUUCACCAACAUGCUGCAGAGGAAGAGACUGCAAACACUGUUGUCUGUGGAUGACAGUGUGGAGAAGAUUUAUAACAUGCUGGUGGACACUGGGGAGCUGGACAACACAUAUGUGAUCUACACGGCUGAUCACGGUUACCACAUCGGUCAGUUUGGACUGGUCAAGGGCAAAUCUAUGCCUUAUGAAUUCGACAUCAGAGUUCCCUUCUAUAUCCGUGGCCCGAAUGUGGAGGCAGGAGGCAGCAACUCCCACAUCGUGUUGAACAUUGACUUGGCCCCCACCAUCCUGGACAUUGCUGGGAUGGACAUUCCACCAGACAUGGAUGGCAAAUCCAUCCUCAAACUCCUGGACACUGAUCGUGUCAUGAACAGGUUCCAGUUCAACAAGAAAGGAAAAGUAUGGAGGGACUCGUUUCUGGUGGAGAGGGGGAAACUGCUCCAUAAAGUGUUGAAUGAUGGGAAAGACCUGGCUGAGGAGGAGAACUACCUCCCCAAAUACCAACGUGUGAAAGACCUGUGCCAUCGUGCUGAGUACCAGACGCCAUGUGAACAGAUCGGUCAGAAGUGGCAGUGUGUGGAAGACACCACGGGGAAGCUGAGAUUAUCUAAAUGCAAAGGAAUGGCCAGUUUUACCACCGUGAGCAAGCCAUCUAUUACCAGCUUAAAAUCACAGAUGUACCUUCAGAGCAUGAGCGCUGAUGUCAGUGUGAACACUGAGCCUCAAGGCUGCAACUGUGAGCCCAAAACUUACAGACUGAGCACAUACUCAAAGAGUAAACUGUUCUCCAAAAAGAAACUGAAAUCAUUGAAGAGCUACUCUAGGAACCGCUACGCCCGUGCUGUCUCCAUGGAGAUGGGGGGAGAUCUAUAUGCAGUGGACCUGGAUCAUGAAUACAGGCCCGCGGGCACCAGGAACCUCAGCAUUGGACAGAGCCCAGCAGAUGAGGGCGAGUUCAGUGGCAUGGGACCUACUGCCGUCAGCCAGACCAGUAACAGUUUGAGUGUGCCCUCCUCUAUUAAAGUCACUCACAGGUGUUCCAUUUUGGCCAAUGAAACUGUGAAAUGUGAUGUUGGUCUGUACAAAUCACUGCAAGCAUGGAAGGACCACAAGCUCCAUAUCGACCAUGAAAUCGAAACACUCCAGACAAAGAUCAAUAACCUGCGUGAGGUCAGAGGUCACCUGAAAAAGUCACGGCCUGGGGAAUGUGACUGCAGCAAAUACUUUUACAAGUCCAAAUACAAGAGUAAACUGAGAAAAUACAAAACAGGAAGUGUCCAUCCAUUCAGGAAAGGGCAGGAAAAGGACAAGAAGGCCUGGUUAUUGCUGGAACAAAAGCGCAAGAAGAAACUGAGGAAGCUGUUGAAGCGUCUGCGUAACAAUGACACCUGCAGCAUGCCCGGCCUCACCUGCUUCACACAUGACAACCAGCACUGGCAGACUGCACCGUUCUGGACAUUGGGGCCAUUUUGUGCAUGCACCAGUGCCAAUAACAACACCUACUGGUGCAUGAGGACAAUUAAUGAGACACACAACUUCCUUUUCUGUGAAUUUGCCACUGGAUUUCUAGAGUACUUUGACAUCAACACAGAUCCUUAUCAGUUGGUGAAUGCAGUGAACACGCUGGACCGGUAUGUGCUUAAUCAACUGCAUGUUCAGCUCACGGAGCUCAGAGGCUGUAAAGGCCACAAGCAGUGUAACCCCCGCAUACGCAGCCUGGAGAUCGAGGACAAAUUUGGGAAGGAUGGGAAGGUUAAGUCCCAGAAGGAGGAAGUCACGGAAGACACUGACCUGUUUCCUGGCGAGUCGAACUGGUCAGAACUUGAACCUUUGUACAGACUUGAUGAGCACGCCUAUGAUCUCAAACUCAACUUCACCCUCAGCCUGGAGGACUGGACUCAUUUCAGUCGCUCCUUGGACCACAUGUUCACCCUCCUCAGCAACGACAACCAGCCCUACACUCCAACCCGCCCAAUGGAGGGAGAGACAGGACGAGGCCACGCCCUGGUAUCUUCCUCCAGCCAAUCUGCCUCAGCCAUCUACCUAACCACUCUGGCAACACCUGCUCUUUUAUUAAAGGAGGCAGGUGCUGAGGUUUUGAGAGACGCUUUGGGGCUUAAUCAGGUGGGACGCCCCUCUUCUUCUUCUUAUUUUUCUUCAUCAUCAUCACAUCCCCUGCCACCUGCCCAGUCAGAGGUGGCUCCUCCCGAGCUCCUAAAAGAACUGAAAGGGGACAGAGAAAGAGAAGGUUUGGAGACAGAGGGGAGGGACAGUGAUGAAGAGGAAGAGGCAGAGCUUAUUAACAAGAGACGGACAGGAAUGUUACACUCCACCCACUGUGACUGCAAUGAUAUUUUGGAGGCAACGGUUUGACUCUCAUUUAGCGUUCCUCUCUCUGAUACCCUCCCUACUCAGACAGAUCUGAAAAUACUUUUUCAAUAGUGAAGAAAUUGAAGAUUUAAUGCCAGCCGAAAAUCCUUCUGUUUGUUUUUCUCUUUCAUCACAUUCCCUCACUCCAUUUCUUCCGUUAACAACCGGCCUCGGAAGCACGGCAACACUCUGCUACAUUCCCAGCUAUUGGUUAAUCCAUUUUCCCAAAACUGGCUAUGAGAUCAACUAGGCUUUGAAUAGAGCACAUCUUUUAAUAUUUUAACUUAGAAAGAAUUCUCACUCUGUUAUUAUUCCUAUAUCUUUUUCAAAGUGGGUUUCGGGAAAGGGUGGGGGUUAAGGCGCCUUUUCAUUGUCUCCGACACUUGCAUACAUCUGUCAUAUUUGCCAACUAGUGGGAGUGGUGAUGAACUUUCAAUUCUGUCGUAAUGGAGUAAUGGAUUGUAUUUGUUGCAAGGAAGAAGGCACUCAUGAAACACAAUGUCAGAGCACCCAAACUUGAGAUAUUUAGAAAAUAGGGCUGUUAAUUGAUUAACAUUUUACAGGACAUGCUCAUUAAUUAAUCACAAUUAAUCACGUUUAUCAAUAUUUGCUGAAAUGUUCCCCAAAUAAAGAUAAUUAAAAAUAACUAAAACUUAAUAAUUCAAAUUAUUAUAAAUAUUAGCCUAUAUAUAAUGAAUAUGAUAAUUCAUUUUGAAAUGUAUAUGCAUUAUUGGCUUGGCAAUACAACAAGUAGCUUUAGAAGUCAAUUAUAUAGUUUGUUUUAUCCUCACAUCAUUAAACAUAAGUAUAGGGUCAACAGCAAUUCAUUUUGCAUUUGAGUUCAUCAAUUUGUCCUGUUCUCACAUGACACAUUCUUGCGUUCCGCUAUUUUUUGUUAAUUGUCAAUCAGCAUCAAAAACAGCACAGUGAGUUCAAAGUUGAAACAUUGAAAAUCGAGUCUCAACAUCCCUAUAUUCUGUUGUUUCAUCCAGUUGUCAAGAACCCGUCAUGCAUGACCAGCUCUUAUUCUGUGGCAGCUUGUGAGGUUUGUUGAGGCGCGCUGACUGCCCCCUGCUAACACUCCUCGUAAAAACUUAAAGUUACAUGUACUUCAUGCUUGAUUUGCUCCAAUGGUAAGAAAAUACAUACUUUUAUUACGGAAUUUAUGUAUAGGUCAGGGGGCAUGUUUAAUUGCAUAAUGUGUUAUUUUUUAUUGAAUUAAUUGCAAUGCCCUUUUAAAAAAUUUAAAUUAAACGUAUAGUUAGAAAGGUUGUUGGUUCCACACGUGCUAUGUCUCCGUGAUAACGCGCUCAACAAGCCACGUGAUAAGAUGCGCAAGUUGACGGCCUCAGACGCGGAGGUAACUGAGGUCACUACACCACCAUGAGGACUAAGAGCGCAUUGGGAAUUGGGCAUUCCAAAUGGGGAGGAAAAAAACAAAAAGAAAGGUUGUUGGGUUUGUGUGAUUGUUUUCUACCAAGUCUCAGAAUAACAUUACUGUGUGUGAUUUUGUUGAUCACAUGGCAGAAUAAAUUUAAUUAAUUAAUGUUCACUUAGUAUUUUAUUAUUAUUAUUAAUAAUAUUGCUGUUAUUGUAGAUAUUAUGACAAUUAAUAAUAAUAAUAAUAAUUCAACAAGUUCAUGAAUGUAAUUUAAACAUGAAAGAUUUACAUAUCUAACACAUGCACAUGUUUAUUCACACAUUUAAUUACAAAUGCCUUGUGAUAUAGUUGCAACAUAAAUUAUAUAAGUGAUUAUAUAAUUUAUAUAUAUUAUAUGAAUUCUUCAUAACUGCCUAUUCUACCGCAGGAUUAGGCAUUUAGAACAAAGUUUGAGACAAAAAACAUUCAUAUUUCUCACUCACGCUCAUAGGAAAACAAUGGAAAACAUUGCGCACAGUUAGUCGCACAAGUUGAAAUAUUUCAACCCAUCCGAUGCUCAAAUCUGAUCUGAAAAUUCCACAUACACAGAUGGUCGGAACUCUACACAUUUCCUGUGCGACUCUCCUUUGGAAAUGACUGACUUCCAUUCUACUGUCUGGCCUGUUGUUUGUCGGAUGCAGUGAAAAGGCGGAUUGGUAUUCAUUGCAGGAAAAACAUAGUAAAGCUAUGUUGAAUAACAAGGAAUGAGUUGUUUUGUCAAGUUUGAACUCUGUGUUGUACCAUAAUCCUUGAUAGCUGCUUCUCUGUUGCUUGGUGUCUCUUGAAUGUUUGUCUCUAAUUGAAGGUGUCUCCCUUUGUGGGACAUUGUCAUAUUUGUGCAGACUUACAACUUCACUAAACAACACCUCAAAAUACUGUUGAUCAAUAGUGAAUGUGUGCGGGUGUCCAUGUUCGUGUGUGUGUGUGUGUGUGUGUGUGUGUAGGGAUGCCAUGAACAGUUUUAAGGGGGGUAUGCAAGACAUAAUUAUGGUCCCCCUCCUUUCAGAUGAAUGUUUUUUUUUUCUUUUGACUUGGGGAAGAAAAUACAAUUAUUUUAUUUUUUAGAGAAAUGAGAUUCACUGCUAUUAUACAACAAUAGGCUACUUGUUACUGCGUUGAUGCAAAUAGCAUACAAGAGUCUCACACAAUGAUAUAUUGUCUUAUUAUUCAAGAGUUAAACACUCCCAUCAUUACAAAAAUGUCAUACUUAACAAUUUUCCUUCUUAUUUUCAAGAAGGAAAAUAAGAUAUUUAGAUAUUUAUAAAUAAAUAAAUAUCAAACAUAUCGAAGCGGCUGAACACUGCAACAAACUUCUAAACACACAAUCGGAAUAACUUAUCGCUACAGAGCUGUAAUUUUAACCAGACUUUUAUACACUAUCUAGACAAACCUCAUUCUUACAUGGCCAGCAGGGCAAAAAAAGAACAUGGAAAUAUAUUUAGCAGGGCUCUCCAGGUAAAGGAGAUUGCUUCUUUUCUUAAACCUUUCAGCCAUAAAAAAAAGCAACUCACGAUUAAAUUCAGACAUGCUUGCCCAUUUGUCUAAAAUUUCCUCUUAGAGCAUGAAUCGUCAGCUUUGUGCUCUGUUGAAAUGACUGCCAGAUGCACUAAUCAGUCUUGGUCCAUUGUAGAUCGUAGAUACUUUUUUAAAGUCUCUGUAAGCCCUUGACCUGUUGUGUCAUUAACAGUGAUGAAUCCCACAAAUGAUUCCUCUAUCUUAGCCACUCAACAUCUCAAAUUAUGAUUGAGGCUUGCUCUUGUUUGGAUAUGUUGGAGUGUGCAAUCAAAUUCAACAGCAUAAUAUUUCGCAUACAGUAUUUUAUUUGUUUACUGAUUGUAUGUAACACGAUCUGCAAUGGAUUUUAAGAAUUAAUUUUGUGUACACCAACUUAAAUAUGAAGUACCCUUAUUUCUGAUGAUAUUUUUUGCAGAUGUUGAGCCAUGACAGUGUCAUAAUAGACUAAAAUCCAAGGAAGUUUCCAUUUUUUGGAUUAACAAUCAGGGCAGUUUUACAUCAUAAAAGUCCUCUCUGCAAGGAACAAAAUGCAGUUCAGCACCCUGGUUAGCACUUGCCUCCAUCUCGACAUUUUUCAAUCGCAGUUUGUAGUUGAUUGUCAAUGCAUUUUCCCAGUCUUAACCUAGUUUCAAGUUCUUUCUGCAAGGUAAGCUUAGAUUACCAAAGUCAAUAUGGUUAUGCCCUGUUUCGUGUUGCUGUAAUCUACUUGACAAACAUUGACAGUUACCGUAUGUUUUCACGAAGCGGAUGUUGUGUGCUUUUUCUCCACCGAAACAUUUGCACGCAAAGCAGUAUACUUUGUUUGCUUUAUGGGAAAACAUCAACCAGUCCCAUUCCACUCAUUCCCCAUUUGUUAAUCAUCUAUUGCAGUGGGAUUUUGAAAAUGUACUGUCCUGUGAUCUUGGGAAUGACCAUCAGGGCAUUUUGGAGGACCAUUCUCAGUCAGCAUCAUACGGAAUGAAUCAGUGACUUUACCUGGGCAAGGCCAGUUUGAGGGAUCUAGGUCAUGAUCGAGCAACAACUCGACAUUUUCAUUCUCUGCUUCUUUACUGUUCCUUGCUGUCAUCAAUGACAAUAGUAGUGGGUGUGCUUGGUCUACUGAAGGGCUGUCCUGCUUCACUCUCACCGACAGUUGGAAUAACUUGCAAAUUAGCAACUUCAGUGACAAAGACUGUGGCCUCAUCGCUUCAGAUUAUUGCUUGUUUAGUGUUAAUAUUCUGUCCUGUCUCACUGCUAGCAUCCUCAAUGAUGCCGCCACCAUUAGUAUCGCUACUCUUUCCCUGUCUGUCACUGGAAUCAUCACAACCAAUAUUUAGUUUAUUCUGAUUUUGAAAGACACAAUUUUUAUGGGAAUUUUUCAUCCCUUUUCACCUCUUCGUCCCUUUUUUUUUCCAUUUACGCUUUUGGGCACCUAACAAGUGCCUCUUUCCAUUCGUCAUGUUCUUCUUCAUAUCAUUAAUGUCAUGCAUGCUGUAUGUUGAAGUGACGGGAAAGCGAGUUCGCUCUCACUUAUCGCUUUCUAUAAUUUACAGAUUUUUAUUGUAUUUUACUACACUGUUUAUGGUUAAAAUGUGUUAAAUUUAUUCCAAAUUGGUGACUUGGGGCCCCCUAGCAUCCUGGUAGCAUCCUAAUCUGCACCCCCCCAUAAUGGCAUCUGUGUGUGUGUGUGUGUGUGUGUGUGUGCGUGCGUGCGUGCGUGCGUGCGUGCGUGCGUGCGUGCGUGCGUGCGUGCGUGCGAAAAUGGAGCUUCUGAUUUUAAUGUGUGUUGCAAAUGCAUUUGGUUUAAACUUGAAUAUUGGCAUUAUAUAUAUAUAGAGAGAGAGAGAGAGAGAGAGAGAGAGAGAGAGAGAGAGAGAGUGCAAAUAUUGUGGCACAUCUUCUAUCUUUGCUGCUUGUUGCAUUAUUAUGAAUUAAACCAACAAAACACUUGAUACAAAACAAUUUUAAUUUGAUGUAUCAGUCAUUCAAUCCCAUAAUCUAUGUUUGACUGAUAAAAAUGUGGUAUGUUGACCCCCUAGAACAUGACAAAGAUUUGAUGUGUUGAUCGUGCCGCCAUAUUUGCUUGUUUUAGAAUUUGCUAUACACAAAUCUACUUAUAUCAGAGCAAAUAUAUGAAAUGGAUGUAUGUAUUUUAAUGUGUGUUUUCAAUUCAUGUAAAUGGUUAAAAUAUAUUUUUUAUUAUACAUUUGAAAUUUAACCGACUGCCAGGCAUAAAUAUAUAAAUCCAGAUUCAAGUUCCUUUAUUUAUGAAUUGUAUUUGAACAGUUCUUUAAUAUACAUAUACACAUAUAUUUUUCCGGUGAUAUUUUUGUCAUUGCUUAAAUUAUUCACACGACUAUCCAAUGUAUAUGAUCAUUAGCUGUUUCGAGACAAGUUUGGCUUCUAAAAUGAUUAUGACUGAGAUUAUAAUGUGCAAGAGGUGUAAUCUGGUCCUACUUCAGUCCAUUUACUCUGGGAUACUUUAUUAGUACAGGUCAUUGUGUUAGUGGACAUUGUUUAUUUACUGAGGACAGUAUAGAGGCAAUGUCAAUCUGAGCCUCUAUUCUCUUAUUUCACCCUCCCUCCCAACACUCAUGGCUUUACUAAAAGUGUGUAUGGUUGUUUUGGAAACAUUUCUAAUUACUAUAAAGUACUGUUUUGAAAUUGGAGGGUAGGAGACAAGUCUGGAAGAGAGUGAAAAGUUUUACUUUAGCACUUUCAAAGGGGUGGCUGUUUUUGAAAUAGAAUUUUAAAAGAGAUUAGAUGGUUUUAACAAAGUCUUGUACAGUUCUAUAGAUUUAUCAUACCUAUAUUUUGUUUUGGUUUACCAGUGAACAUUUGAUAGAGCUUAUUACUUUGUGAAUAAAGUGUUGAAU